AUGGCCUCCGUUCUCAAUGGCCAUGUUACAAAAUCCCAACAAGCGGCCCAGCGCCGCCUCGACCACCACGAAGCUGACGUCGUGAUCAUCGGUGCGGGCGUUCUGGGUUGCGCACUUGCUGUGGCAUUGGGAAGACAGGGUCGCAGCGUUAUCUUGCUAGAAGCCUCGCUUAAAGAGCCCGAUCGCAUCGUCGGAGAGCUGCUUCAACCCGGAGGUGUCAAUGCGCUGGAACAGCUGGGGCUGAGGGAUUGUUUGGAGGGCAUCGAUGCGAUCGAUGUCACCGGGUACUAUGUCUCAUACGGUGGAAGUCCGGUUGAAAUGGAGUACCCUAAGGAAACCCCGUCCGCCGCGCGGCCCAUUGGUCGAGCUUUCCACCAUGGUCGGUUCGUGAUGAAAUUGCGCGAGGCAGCUCUGGCCUGCCCGAACGUGACGGUGAUCGAGACAAAGGCGACGGGACUGGUAACGUCAACGCAUACUCAGCAAGUGCUUGGAGUCGAGUGUGUCACAAAGGAUUUGAAGGACUGUUAUUUCGCGCAGCUCACUGUCGUCGCCAACGGGUACGCUUCCAAAUUGCGCAAGGCGCACCACCCGCACACGCCCAAGUCCCGAUCCAAGUUUUGGGGAAUGGAAAUGAUCGACGCCCAACUUCCUUCGCCCAAGCACGGCCAUGUUAUUCUCAGUACCAACCUCCCUCCAACCCUUAUGUACCAGAUCGGCACCCACGAGACGCGAGUCCUUGUAGAUAUCCCCGAUAACCUUCCCUCCGCGUCGGUGAAGAACGGUGGUGUAAAGGGACACUUGCGUAACGUGGUUCUUCCCUCGCUCCCCAAAGAGUCACAGCCAGCGUUUGAGGCUGCCCUGGAAAAGGGCCAGCUUCGCUCUAUGCCGAACUCUUUCCUUCCUGCCUCGGCCAACAAAACACCUGGUAUGAUGUUAUUGGGAGAUGCGCUGAACAUGCGGCAUCCACUGACCGGCGGCGGAAUGACUGUGGCGCUGAAUGAUGUCUGCUACAUCCGCGAUCUUCUCAGCCCUGAGCGCGUGCCAGACUUGGGAGACACCACGCUUGUGAUAAAGCAACUCUCUCGCUUCCACUGGAUGCGUAAAAAUUCCUCAUCCGUGAUCAAUAUUCUGGCGCAGGCCCUCUAUAUGCUAUUCGCUGCUGAUGACGUAAAUCUUCGUGCUCUCCAGCGUGGCUGUUUCCGCUACUUCGAACUUGGUAUGGUCGACGGACCUGUCGGACUUCUCGGAGGUCUAAUCAAACAACCACUCGUCCUCUUCUCCCAUUUCUUCACCGUGGCCUUCGUCUCCAUCUGGGUUCUCUUCCGCGACACUCCCCUAAAACACCUAAUCCUCUUCCCAUAUCGGUCUAUCAUGGUCUUCUGGACCGCCUGUGUUGUAAUCUUUCCAUUCAUCUUUGCUGAAAUUUGGAGUUGA